UGAGAAGCCGAAGACAUAAGUUUGUUUCUUUUAUUCUAAAGCACAAAAAAGGCAAAGCUGCUCUGUUUCUGUUUUCAUAUUCUGAAACAUUCACUUAUGCUUCUCUAAAUUCAACUGUUUGACCGAAAAGAAAAAUGAAAUUCGAUCUCGAGAAUCCAUUAACGAGCUCAAAGGAACACGAAAACGACACCGUUUCAGCUCUCUUCGCCGCCCAGUCCGAUCACAUGCCUUCCUUUUUUUCAUUCAAAUCUACUGACAUUCUCUUCUCUAUUCGCCACCAUGCCUUUUCUCUUAUUUCUCAAGCACGGUUUUCUUACAAUUUAGAUGAAUUUUCUACAUAUCUCGCUGUCAAUUACAUUGAUCGUUUCCUCUCCAAACAACCAGUUCCGCAGAAUAAGCCAUGGAUUCUACGGCUUCUCGUUAUUGCUAGCCUAUCACUCGCUGCUAAGAUGAGAAGCAUCAACUUGUCACUCUUCGAUUUUCAGAGAGAAGACGUAGGUUUAAUUUUUGAUGUGGAAUCCAUUCAACGAAUGGAGGUUUUGAUUCUCACAACGCUUAACUGGCGAUUACGAUCUAUCACGCCUUUUGCGUUUCUGGAUUUUAUCAACUCGUUGUUUGAACUCAGUGACUCGUCUCUGAGUCAAACUCUCAAAGACCGAGCUACAGAUAUUAUCUUCAAUUCUCAUUACGAAGUUAAGCUUUUUGAGUACAAACCAUCGAUAUUGGCAGCAUGGGCGCUACUUUGUGCAGCUCAGGAGUUGAUUCCGCAGCAAUUUUCUUUUUUCUUGGAUGCAGUUUCUAAAUGCGAAUAUAUAAAUAAAGAGGAACUUGUGAAUUGUUGGGCUGUAAUGCGGGAUGCUACAAUCAAUGAAAUGACCUCUAGCUCAUUCACACCGAAAAGUGUGCUUGAUUAUGAAGAUACAAGUCCUGAAAACGAGAACAACAGCAAGAGGCGAAGAUUGAGUGAUUUACGGAAUGAUCAAACGCUCCAUAUCUCUCAGCUUCAACACUGCUAAAAGAUUGUCUAUUGAACAUAUAUUUCAGAUUUGUGUUCAGUAAAAGCAGGGAGAUGGGAACUGGCGCCAGGAAAAAGUUAAUAGUGUUCGAGUGGGAGAGGGCAUGGUCUGUUAAAUGGACCUUGGGCUUAACUGAAUCCGAAAAGCUAGCUCAAAGGGUGAGGAUUGCCCAAACCAUAUAAAGAGUCCAAGGAACCCAUCCAUCUCCGAUAUGGGAUUCCAUUAGACGUACGUUGCUUUGGUGUGAAUUUUAGUGGGGUUGUUUGAUCUGGGUCGAAGAGAUGUUUCUUUCAUGUAAUUAAAACAACUCUAGUAAACUCAUAGUAAUAUAUGCUUUUUGGGAGUAAACAAUGUUCAAUUUGGGACCGUUUAUGUUCAAUUUGGGACCGAGGCGUGGUUGUUAUUGUUAUAAACAAUGUUAGUCUUGGUAAAAUUUCUUUGCUUCUUCCCCUGUA